UCUAAUGCAUGAAGUCAUAUGAUGCAGGAUGCAAAUACGGAAGUAGAUAAGAUAAGAUAUUUAUAUUUUCCAAAUACACCAUUAAUUGGUGUGUAUUCGUCAACGGAUAAUGUGGUUCAUUCCGUGGCUUUUGGCUACGAUUCUUUUGUUAUUUGGUUCUAUAGAAUGUGGAAUAACAUCACAGUGGGUUGAAUGUAACUGUAGAUGGGAAGAGUGGGAAGCAUGGGGAACUUGUGACAGCAAAUGUAACGGUAGACACAGACGGUCAAGAGAACUUUGGAUGUAUUCAAACGUGGACGGUUGUGACUUCGACUUCAAUACCUGCGCUACCGACGACAUGGCAUGGGACUACUCGAGAUGUAACACAUUUUGUUACAAUGGAGGAACAUCGAAUAGCUACUCUUGUAGCUGUGUGACAGGAUUUUAUGGAGAUUGCUGUGGAUUUCAGGUAAACUGUGGAAAUCCUGGAUCUAUAUCAAAUGGCAAAUUAAAUGGAGGUACCUUCACGUAUGGUAGUACGGUAAGAUACACCUGUCAUAGUGAAUACCUAUUGGUGGGUGGAACAUCUAGUAGAAGAUGCAGACUAAGUGCACUAUGGAGCGGAACCAAACCACGGUGUGCAUAUUAUAAUUCCUGUGCUAGUGGUCCAUGUAAGAAUGGAGCAACUUGUACAAACAUACCUGAUCAUUAUCAAUGUACAUGUAAUCAUGGUUGGUCUGGUAAAAACUGUGAUGUUGAUAUACAACCACCAGUAAUGACAAAUUGUUCUAGCGACAAAUACAUAAAAACAUCAGCACUUACAAGUCUAGUUAAAUGGCAGAUACCUUCUUUCACUGAUCCACAUAAUUUUGCGAUCAAGGUUACAGCCAACUACCCUUCAAAUGAGUUCACAUUUCCAUGGGGAGAUUUUAAGGUUAGCUAUACAGCUAUAAAACCAACGAACGGUUUAAGUGCAAACUGCUUGUUCAGCAUCAGUUUAAAGCCGAAGCCAUGUCCUACAAUUAAUGUUCCGGUGAACGGGGCUUUAAUUUGCAAUGACUGGAGAACUGAUUAUGGUCAGUUUUGCAGAUUUUUCUGUAAAGAGUCUUACACAGUUCCACGUGGUGUUAUGAUGGAUGACUUUUAUGUUUGUGGAGCUUCUGGAACGUGGAUGCCUUCAAAUACAAUUCCCAAUUGUUCAGUAACGGCUACAAAUUUACAUGCAAUUGGAGGAUAUAAUAUUGGUCCAACAUAUUCAAAUUGUUCUGAUGAUCGUAGAGAAAUGCAGGAGUUUUACAUAGAAAAACUCAGCAAAUCACAUUUCAGACACUUUUGUAAAAAGUUUCAACAAGAAUGUAUCCCAGAAAAUGUGUCAGUGCAGUGCUAAACGACGGUGUGGAAUGUACAUCCUCUCAUGGUUUAUAUUAAACAAAAUUUCAUGUCUUAUAAAAUAAACGUAUUAAUUCUA